UGAAAGUAUAAAUAAAUAAACCCAAGUACUGGCGCGAUAUGAAUAUCGUGAGAGGCCCGCGAAAAUCCCGUGACAAGACCGCCCAUUGUAAAUCACAAGACAAAAAGGCUUGUUGACAAUGUCCAUGAUUUAGAACAGCGUUAGAAACAGGGGAUAUUGUGCAACGUUACAAGGAGUACACCAACAAAAGGAGUCUAGUCAAAUAUAGUGAAACGUUGAAAUGUUUGGAUUACAUUGGACUGCUGCAGUUUGUAUAACAUUGGGAUUAUUCUUAGUAGCACAGUCAGAACCAAUUCAUAAAUGUCAAUACCAUGGCCAAUAUAUCCGUGACACGGUGAACCUGUGCCUGUUUUACCAGUGUGAGUACCCGGGACGGCUCCACGCGGCCAUGCACCCCUGCGCUAACGGUACCAAACUGCCAAAACUCUAUGGAGAGACACCAGAGCACCCCGACAACUCCGACCCAUGCGUGCUGUUCAGACAUAACCCCAUGGAAUGCGUGAAUGACGAGGGUCAGAAACACAGCGGCGAGGUCGGUAUCCUGGUCUCGGCGGAGGGUGACUGGAGCCCUUGCUCGGUCACCUGCGGCCGUGGGUCCACGUUUCAGGAGGUGAAGUCGUGUCGAAGGCUUGACCAUAUUGAAUUGUACUGUAAUAAAACCAAGAAAUAUCGCAUCUGUUUCUUAAGACCGUGUGGCACCUGGAGCGAAUGGGAGCCAUGGGAACCGUGCAGUGCCACGUGCGGUGGAGGAACGACAUUUCGUGUCCGGAAAUGCGUGGGCGGCAACGACUGCUUCGGUCCGUCUAGACAGCAGAUGCCGUGUAACACUCAAGAAUGCCCUUACUUUGGUGAGUGGUCGGAAUGGUCAGAAUGUGACGCCAAAUGUGGCGGAGGAAGACAAACAAGGACCCGGAUGUGCCUACCAGCUGGAAGCGUGUGUAUCGGAAGAACCACUGAGAUACGCUCGUGUAACAAUUUCCCAUGUCAGUAUUGGACAGAAUGGAUAGACACAGACGAUCCGUCCAAGGACGGGGAUUGGGAGGUGGACGAGACGCCGUGCGAUCACUCCGGGAUCGUGUCUGAGCCUCUCAAAGCAGAGUGCCGUCUGGUUAAGACAAAACACCCCUGGGACUCCAGCGGCCUGAAGUUCUACAUACCGUGCUCCACCUUCGGCAUUGUCUGCAGGAACGUGGAAAACGACCCUAACUGGACCCCUGGGGAUGACCCCAUAUGUCACGAUUUGGAAAUUCGAUACCUGUGCUCAUACCCUUAAAGCUGCGACACACAGGCUAGGGGACCUCUCUUUGUGCGUUCAAUGGGGCCAUUCAGAAUAAAAAAUUCGAGGAUCAACUGAUUCUUUAAUGGGCUCUACGCCUCUCAUACGCCUCCCCACGCGUCGUCCCUGCAGGGGCACAGUAAUUAAAUCUCGACUCCAUUCGACCGGACGCGCGGGGAGGUGUGUGAGAGGCGGAGAGACUAUUACAGGAUUAAGCGGUCUUCUGUUCAUGUAAGAUGCGCCAUAUUUGAUCCUUGGAUCAGUUGAUACUCGGGUCUUCUUUUCUGAAUGGGGCCAAUGACAAAGGGCCCCGUCACGUCAGAAUGAUUCUAGACCUAAAUCAAGACCAAUAUAAGGUCGACUUCAAGAAUAAUCCAGAUCGAAAAGCUACGACUCGACGCAUAUAUGUAGGAUAAUAGAGGCUUCGUUGCUAUCAAAAAGAAACAAGGAAGAACAAGCCAUUUCCGCCAUGCAUUCCAUUUCCACCGUGCCUUUUU